AUGUCAACCCAACCAGCACCACCAGACGCAACCCCGAACCUACUCCACGUCCAAUUCAAGAAUCCCGAGUUCCUCUCCUACCUCUCCCAUCUCCAAUCAACCGGCCAAGUCGCCUCAACCACCACCGCGAAACCGGACCCAAAUCACCCCCUCACCGAACACAACGUCAUGUCCUACUUUGCCACCUCGCCCUUCUUCGACCGACGCAGCAACAACGAACAGAUUCGAAUGCAAAACAUCGCCAACGGGAUCCAAGCCCUCACAGGUGCCAUGCCAGCCAAACAGGAAGAGCAAGAACUGAAACGCUUCACAGGGUUGGAGUUUGUGCUGGUGCACAGCAGACCGCCGUUGUGCUUCGUCAUUCAGAAACGCUGGAGGACCUCACCCACGGAAACAACACCGUUGGCAGCAUACUACGUCGUCAACGAUUCGAUCUACCAGGCUCCCGAUCUGUACUCGAUCUUGGCGACAAGACUGCAGUCGACAGUGUACGGGUUGAAGUCGUCGCUAGAGACGCAGAGAAGAGCCAAACCCAGCUUUGAUUCGAGACGCGGUCAUCACGGUAGAUUCAUCGUCCCCGACCCACCGGCCGAAUCCGAUCCUCGAUCCAAACGCGCUUCCACCAGCGAGGCCGACGAAGACGAUGGUACCGCAGAGGCCGAAGACGAGGAGGAGGAAUCUGACGAGGAUAUCGAGUUCGAAGACGUCGACGAUCAGCCUGUCACACGUGCGAGCGCUUCUCAGGUCAAGAGAGCGCGGUUCGAUUGA